UAAGAGCGCCACGGCGCCUCUCAACUCACGGCAGACAUUUUCAAUGCAAUAUUUUUUUUCUUGCAUAAAUUAUGUUCAUGACGUAGUGGCAAAAAGAGCACAUUUCUGUCGAUUCCCACCGAGUUUGUGCCUCACAUGGAAUCUUGUGAGGCGCCUGGAGGCUUUUUUGGAGGGUGGGGGGGAUGAGCCGAAGUGUUGGCAUCGCGGCGAGGCGAGACGAGAGGCCAGAUCCCCCAAAACAUUGCAGCCCUCCUUCUUAUCAAUGCAAAUGGCUUUUGUGUGUGCAGCCACUGCGCCUGUCUGGGAGCUGAGAUGCAUUUUUAAUUAGCUGCGACUGAACCAAACUGUGACAAGGACAUUUUUGAACCGCGCAGGAGGAUAGAGGUGGUGCAGCCAAGCCAUGAAGUCUCAGGACCUUCCUGUCAGAGAUGCCCCGCUUGCUGUCAACGAGCAGGUCAUCGUGAUGUCUGGCCACGAGACAAUUCGUGUGUUAGAAGUCGGGGUUGAUGCGUCUCUGUCUUCAUCGGUACCUGAAGGGAAGACAAGUGAGGGCAAAACAGAGGGGGGAGGGACUCAACCUGAGGGUUCCCGCCCACGCAAUGACAAUGCUGGAUCCCAGAACUUUGAGGAAGUCGUAGCUGGCAAACAGCAAGCGUCAUCAGGAGAAGCUCCAGCUCACGCUGUCCAUACCCUCGGUCCAACUGUGCCCAUCAGUGUAUCCUUGCCGCAGCCUCCCAUGGCCACUGUGCCCGUCACUGUGCAAGGUUGUCCGCAGGUUCUAUCACAAGAAAAUCUGGCCACUCUGAUGACUGGCAUGUUGGCCCAGACAGGCUCGCUGGGCCAGCCCCUGCUCAUCCCCAUCAGCAUGGCAGGCUCCAUCGGUGGCCAGGGCGGUCUGGCUGUUCUCACCUUGCCCACUACCAGUGUGGCCACAUUGUCUGGACUCGCCGCUGCUGCCGCCACGCAGCCCGCUAACCUCCUUAAGAUGCCCUUUGCUGGCCUUCAAGUUUACUGCGACAGUUCUAAAUUCAGUUCAGGCUCCUCUACAAACCAGCACGCUGUUCCAGGCUCCGGCAGGUUCCAUCCAGCAAACUUGCGGCUUGACGUCUCAGUCCACACCGGCUACGAUCAUCUCUGCCGCCCAAGAGGCAGCUGCUCAUGCCACACCAGCCGCAACCGUGGCCCAGUCCAACAUAUCGGUGGCUGCACUGGUGAGGAAGACGAAACUGAGAUUCACCCCAACUAUUGCGCUCAGAUCAAUGCUGCAUCUUUAGGAGCACAGACCCAGUUUCUCAGUUCCCUCACCUCCAGUCCUAUCAUCACCAACGCCAUGUCCAACAUGGCGGGCAUCACAAGCCAGAUCCUAACAACCACACAGGGCCAGGUUAUAGGAACUCUUCCUUUUUUGGUGAACCCGGCCUCCCUGGCCGGGGGGGCUGCCACUUCGACCCUCCCCCUCCAGGGUCUGCAGGUCCAGACGGUCACCCCGCAGUUGCUGCUGAACACCCAGGGUCAGAUUUUUGCUGCGGUCGGGAACGGAGCUGCCACGGUUGCGGCUUCUACCGCUGUUCUGCCCAAAGCUGCAGUGUCACCCGCACCUUCCAAACCAACAUCACAGACGCCGGCAACAGCUGCCACUCAGUUGCCGGUUGUCAUCGCCCCGCAGCCGUCGGUACUCAAAAGCUCCACCUCGUCAUCCUCAUCGCUCCCCAUUACCUGCGGCGAGAUGGCUAAAGUGGGCCAGCUUGUCAGCAAGCCCCAUCAGGCUGCCAGCAAUGAGGAAGGCAUCAAUCUGGAAGAAAUACGUGAGUUUGCUAAGAAUUUCAAAAUCCGGCGGCUAUCCUUGGGAUUGACGCAGACUCAAGUGGGACAGGCACUGACUGCCACAGAGGGCCCGGCCUACAGCCAAUCCGCCAUUUGCAGGUUUGAAAAGCUGGACAUCACCCCGAAGAGUGCCCAGAAGUUGAAGCCAGUGUUGGAGAAGUGGCUUGCCGAGGCCGAGCACUGGAACCAAAAAGGUCAGCAGAACCUGAUGGAGUUUGUCGGCGGCGAACCGUCAAAGAAACGCAAGCGGCGCACCAGUUUCACGCCUCAAGCCAUCGAAGUCCUCAACUCCUACUUCGAGAAGAACUCGCUGCCCACAGGGCAAGAGAUCACGGAAAUCGCAAAGGAGCUAAACUACGACCGAGAGGUGGUGCGGGUUUGGUUCUGCAACCGACGACAGACGCUGAAAAACACCAGCAAGAUUAACAUUUUCCAGGUCCAGUAGAAAAUGGAAUUUGCAAAUUUUGUUGUAAAUACCCCAACAUGAAGUUACACAUUAUUUAAGACUCAGUGCUACAAUACUAAAGUGAGUUCUUGGGUUCUAAGGCUGAGUGUACGAGUGUGUACGGUCCUUCUAUUAAUGGCAACAUACACGCAGGUAAGUCACGUCAAUUUGUUAAGUGGCAUUGUUGUUCGUUAUUGAGUUCAGUGGAACCUCUAAAGUGGAACACUUAAAUGUUAUUUUCGG